UUGAACGCGCGCUAUCUAAAAAGGACAGUGAUGAAUUUAUUUAAACCGCUGAUUAUAAAACCAAACGUCAGUGGUUUGAUCAACAGUUUGUGUAGUAAAAUGCGGUUACUCUCCAUCCCACCAUUAAUACCGUCGGAGAUACUAUACCAGCGUGAAAUAACACCUGCUAAGACACCAGCUCAUCAUAAUAAUUCAGAAAUCGAAAAGCUGUUAAAAAGCGAACUAUGUGAUUACCCCGCAUAUUCCUCAAGGAAAAUUCGUCAUGGAUUUCAGGAUGCUAUCAUGAUUCGUGAUUACAAGCGCAGACAAGUUUCUGCUCAUUUCUGUAACUUACGCAUCAGACUAAACGCUAUCAGAAAAAACACGAUUUUACCCCAGGAAAUCAAGAUGAAUUUAUUUAAACCGCUGAUUAUAAAACCAAACGUCAGUGGUUUGAUCAACAGUUUGUGUAGUAAAAUGCGGUUACUCUCCAUCCCACCAUUAAUACCGUCGGAGAUACUAUACCAGCGUGAAAUAACACCUGCUAAGACACCAGCUCAUCAUAAUAAUUCAGAAAUCGAAAAGCUGUUAAAAAGCGAACUAUGUGAUUACCCCGCAUAUUCCUCAAGGAAAAUUCGUCAUGGAUUUCAGGAUGCUAUCAUGAUUCGUGAUUACAAGCGCAGACAAGUUUCUGCUCAUUUCUGUAACUUACGCAUCAGACUAAACGCUAUCAGAAAAAACACGAUUUUACCCCAGGAAAUCAAGCGACGUCAUAUAUUUCAUCAUUACCACGUGAUAGCAACUGGACGCGCAUUUUAA